AUGGCCAUCGGUAGUCACAGACUCAUCGCCGCUCUUUUGGCAAUCUCUCAUUUUGCCAACAGCCAUUUCGUUCCUCAUCCUACCUCCCAGCGACAUGAACGAGAUACUGAUGCUGCUGCGGCAUUCACUGGUUUCUCCAUUUUCUCCAGUGGGUCCUUGUCAAGCUUGAACCUGACGUCAACUUGCGAGGCCGCGCUGUACCAAACAGUUUAUUGCGACGACGAUACUUCGUCGCUAUUAACGGAUGGUUAUGUUGACAGUUUUGACAACUCUACGGAAGAGGCCUUGUUCUGCGAUGCAGGUUGUGAAAGUUCGAUUGCGAAAUUGCACGACAGUGUGCUAGCUGCUUGUGGUGACACAGAGGGUCUGCUUGAAGGUCUUCCCUUUCUGGGAAUUGUCGAUGAGUUCUGGAGCAACUGGAACCAGUCCUGCUUCACUGAUCCUACCACCGGGGAGAACUGUAAUGCGGCCUUCUCCAAUGUAACAGACUUGUCUGAUAUCCCAAUAUCAGACUUGUGUUCGUAUUGCAACGUUCACAUGCUGGAAAUGAUGCAGGCAGAUGCCUACACAGAUGUUUAUAAUGAUAACUGGGUAACUACAUAUCAAUAUGUCGCUGAUGCAUGCAACCUGACCGUGGCCGACUUCAACGCUACAGCUAGCGCGUUCAAUGUAACCGGAGUUAUAUCAACGACGACAAACUGUGUGUCUGGGAUCACUUAUACAACCGUGGAAGGUGAUACUUGUGACUCGAUCGCUCUGGCCAAAGGUGUAUCGGCGGCAACUAUGUACUACAUCAACUCUGAUAUUAACAAUUGCUCUUCCGUCACGGUGGGAGCGACGCUCUGCCUACCUUUGACCUGCACUGAUCUCUACACGGUCCAAGAAAACGACACCUGCACCAGUAUUGCCGUGAACGCCGGACUUCUCACGGCAAAUGUAAUCUCCUACAACUCGCAUAUCAAUUGGAAUUGCAGCAAUUUGCACUCGACAGAUCCAUAUUGGGGCUCAACGCUAUGUGUAUCGACACCAGGAGGAACAUAUACGGGCCAAGCAAUGAACACCACAGCAACAUCUGACGUGGCAGUUUCCGCGCCUGCAGGCUCAACCGUGGCCUUGAACUCCACUACGGACUGCGGCGAGUGGUACGCCAACGAUGGUAGCAGCAAUCUCACGUGUGCUCAGAUCUGUCUGUCAUACGAGAUUGCUAUCAACCUGUUCACCGAAGCCAAUACAUCGUUGAAUAAGACGACCUGUGAUAAUGACCUGGUGUUAGGAAAUGCCUAUUGUGUUGAUCCAUUGACAGGCUGGGAUUGGACCGCGACUGCUUCAAGUAGUAGCAGUUCAACUACCAGUACAGCGCCAUCAAGUACAUCGAUUGUCACCGCUCCCGGACCAACACAAACUGGCAUUACCAGCGCGUGUAACAAUUAUUAUGUCACUGUCGACGGCGAUUCAUGCUCUUCUAUUGAAACAGCAUACGAUAUCACACUUGCUCAAUUCUACGCUUGGAAUCCGGCGAUUGGAAGUGAUUGCACAAACCUUUGGCUUGAGGAAGCAUACUGCGUCGGAGUAUAUGGGUCAACGGUGAUACUUGCGCUUCAAUUGAAUCAAUAUAUGAUAUUACCUGGGCUGAAUUUUAUGCUUGGAAUCCUGCGCUUGGGAGUGAUUGCACAAACCUUUGGCUUGAGGAAGCAUACUGCGUUUCCAUUUCUUGAUAUUCCGCUAUAG